AGGCGAAGAGGAGGAGGAGGAGGGAAACAGACAGCGGAGGGACGCUGGCCCGGAAGAGGAAGCGGCGGCAAUCGUGACUUCCCGUCUCGGAAGGAGGGAGCUGCGGUUGAAGUUGCGCGUCGGGGUCUGCGCUGGGCUCGGGCACCGCCGGUGGCGGCUGCGCGGGAGGAUGCGGCGGGCAGAGAUGAAGCCUGGGAUAUCAUCACAUCCAAAGGAUUUACUUGGAGUAAAAGAUCACUGACUUCUACAAUGGAAAAGUCAUGGAUGCUUUGGAACUUUGUUAAAAGAUGGCUACUAGCUUUGGCUUCCUGGUCUUGGAGUCUCUGCCGUAUUUGUCUUUUACCCUUGAUAGUAACUUUUCACUUGUAUGGAGGCAUUAUACUUCUUCUAUUAAUAUUUGUAUCAAUAGCAGGCAUAUUAUAUAAAUUCCAGGACGUGCUGCUUUACUUUCCUGAACAGCCCUCUUCCUCACGCCUUUAUGUUCCUAUGCCUACUGGUAUACCACAUGAAAAUAUCUUCAUCAAAACCAAAGAUGGAGUUCUUCUCAAUCUUAUUCUGCUGAGAUACACAGGGGACAAUGCAGCAUAUUCUCCAACCAUCAUUUACUUCCAUGGGAAUGCAGGCAACAUUGGCCACAGGUUGCCAAAUGCUUUGUUAAUGCUGGUAAACCUGAAAGUAAACUUAAUUCUUGUUGAUUAUAGAGGGUAUGGAAAAAGUGAAGGAGAAGCAAGUGAAGAAGGUUUGUACUUAGAUUCUGAGGCUGUUUUAGACUAUGUGAUGACUCGGUCUGAUCUUGAUAAAACAAAAAUUUUUCUUUUUGGCCGUUCUUUGGGGGGAGCAGUAGCUAUUCACUUAGCUUCUGAAAAUUCCCAUAGGAUUUCUGCCAUCGUGGUGGAGAACACCUUUCUUAGCAUCCCGUACAUGGCCAGCACUUUGUUUUCCUUCUUUCCAAUGAGAUAUCUUCCUUUAUGGUGCUACAAAAACAAAUUUCUGUCCUACAGAAAGAUCUCUCAGUGCAGAAUGCCUUCUCUUUUCAUCUCUGGGUUGUCUGACCAGUUAAUUCCACCAGUUAUGAUGAAGCAACUUUAUGAAUUAUCCCCAGCUCGGACUAAGAGAUUGGCAAUAUUUCCUGAUGGAACUCAUAAUGACACUUGGCAGUGCCAGGGUUAUUUCACUGCGCUCGAACAGUUCAUCAAAGAAGUAAUAAAGAGCCACUCCCCUGAAGAAAUGGCAAAAACAUCAUCUAAUGUAACAAUAAUAUGAUUGGUAUUUUUCUCUGGGGUGGGGGGAGUAUCUGCACUGUACCUUGAUUUGUGAAAAGUGGUGAAAGAAUGUCCAUUUUUAAAUGUAUGUCAUGUCUGUACUUGCCUAGAGAGUAAAAUUAAACUUUGAAAGGUCUGAUGCUUUAUGAAGAUGUUUCGGAUAACUUUUACACUUGCAGCAUUGUAAAUGAACCAUUUUAUGUCUUUCUCAUACUUUUUUUUUUUUUUUUUUUGGAUCUCUGUCCUUAUAUCCCAUUUGUUUGAUAUGUACCACGGAUGCUAUUAAAGGAACUUGCUACAAAAGUAGUUCAGGAUGCAUUAGUUGAGAACAAUGGGAGGCUCUUCAGUAUUCACUGCUGUAUGUGUGAGCUUUUUGGACAGUCAUGGUUAGCUCAACGAUUUGUUGUUUCUCUUUGAGUUUACUUAAGGUGUGCCAUGCAUGAGAUUAGUGUUUUAUUCCUUGAAAUUUUAUAUUAUGCAAGGUGGGAAAUCUUCAAUGUGCUAAAUAAUAUAAAAUAAUAUUUAUGGUAGAGUAUACUUGCAGGUACACUCUCCGGGGUUGUUACCAUUUUCUGUGGUUAUGCAUACAUCUGUAUUUCAAACUGCAACUGGAGAAAACACUUGCACUUUCAUUUUGUCAUUUGUAUUGAAAUAGUUGUAUGUGCCUAAACAUCGUGGCUUCAAGAUCUUGCCCAGGCAACUUUUUCAUAGAAAAUACAAGUACUCUUCAACAAGAGAGUAGUGUGAUCUAAGAUCUUCUCUGCCCUAAGCUCUCCUCACUGCCAUGCACUGUUAUAUUUGUUGAUAUUAGCAUGCUUGUGUGUUUGAGGUAGGGCAGAGUGGGUAGUGGGAGAGAAAGGAGUGUCAUACAAGGUAAAACAGUUGAUUUGUGUUUGACAUUUAGGCUGGUGUAAUUAAGUGUCUGUGCCCUUUACACCUCCAAAAGAAGCAAAUCCAAUUUCAAGCAAAUAAUUACCAACGAUCAUGUGAUUAGAGAUUAAUGUGUAUCAUUGUUACAGUGAAGAAAAUAAAAAUAAACAGUGCACUAAGUUUAGAAGACCUUAGGUUAGUCUAAAAGACAAUUAUUUUAACACUUUUAUCCAUUUGCUUGUAGAAAAUCUUACAGUUCUGUUGACCAUGUAGAAGUAGACUAAGCAUUUUCAGAAGUGAUUUUUCUUUAGCUCUCCAGAGAUUUUUGAAGCUCCUAUCACCACUUAAGAGCCAGCAGAAUAUAAAUUGAGAGAGUUUGAUUCUGCCUGCAUGUUGGAGUUGGUUUUGUUUGCUUGGUUUUUAGAAGCCCUUAUCCUAGGUAGUCAUAUCAAAGCUUUAUGCUUUAGUCUGUAUUGGAGUGUGAGGCUGUUAAAAUCUCUUCUACAGAUUUAAUUUUUUACUUGCUGCAGCUGAUGGUUUGCCUUUUCAGUUUUUUUUUUAAUGAAUAGAAUAAGCUGUAGAAAAUCUCCCACAUGAUCUGUACAGUUGGCAUUCAGAUAGAAACUUUUAAAUAAACUUUUCAGCUAUGUUCCAAUUGAGAAAACAUCUCGGCACAUGCUUAAAACCUUUUUUGUGAGGGACAGUGGUAUUUUAAGCCUGUGCUUAAGUUCUUUUGUAAUGCCUCCUAAAAUUUAUUACAUAGAUUGAAAGGUUUUAUGUGCACAUGGUAAUAUUUUCAGUGAUUUAUAGGCAGGGUGAUAGAUCUUUACUUAAAUGACAUUUUCUUUAUUUAAAUAAAAACGUUCAUACCAGAAGCUGCUUUCUCUGGUAAGUAUCUUUUGUCAUGCUAUUAUUAAGAUUUUCCUAGAGUUGAUUCAAAAAGCUGUAAACAUUUUCUGAUUUAUAGACCUACAGUCAUUGGAGACAGCGUAGUUUUAAAUCUGAGUGAAACUGAAACUUAUUUCCUCAGCAUUCCAGUCUUGGUAUUUUUUUUGGAGGGAGGUGGGUGGAAUAGGUGUAUUGGUGAAGUUUGGUCCGGGGAGUGUUGUUCAAAAGGCAGAAAGGAGUUAAUGGACAUGGUGUUCCCUUUCCCUCCUGUGUUCUAAAAAGGCAGUGUGAGCUGUUUGUAUCUAUUGUUUCAUCUAGUUCACAUCUCUUCAGAAUUAAGGUGGAGAGGAGGAAAAUAAGUGGGCAAAUACUGCUUUUCAGAAAAUGAGUUGAUAAAGCCAAAAGAGUAGAUGACCUACUUGAGACAGAAUGAAGAGAAAGGAAGUAAUUGUUUCAGAAGGUGUCAUAACUGGACAUUAAAUACCAUUUGCUAUAAAAUGUUGAUUUCUGAAAUAACAUGACUUCUUAACCCACUCCCUACCAGUCAGACACACAUUAACCCAAAAUAUCCCCAGUAUUAUAUGGCAUUUGCAUACAAAUGAAGCAUUCUAUUUAGGCAUGCAGACACCAAGUGAAAGUCGAAUGUGUGGUGUUAGAUUAUGGCAAUCAGGAGUUGUUUGAAGUGGACUGUAUCUAAACUACUCCGGAUUAUCAAGCCAUAUCAUUUCACCAUAUUGUCUGCAGGACAUAAAGAUGAAACUGCCUGAUUCUGUAAGUAUGAGAAGGCACAGUUGUUAUACAUAUAUAUAGAUAUAUAUAUAUACACACAUUCUUUACACUUCAUCUGGUUUCUUCUACCUAGGCACAUUUUUACUCCUCCCUUAAUGGACUGAGUGCAGAAACUUUAGAAUGAAUGUCUGUUGCCCUUCUAUUUUUUUACUACAUUGGCCAUGCAAUCCCCUAAAAUAAAAGAGGAAGGAGUUUUUUUAAUGCAACGUUCCAUUGCUGUACCUAUGAUCUUUAAAGGAGGAAGAAACUUGUUUUGACAACAUUUGUUUUUAUUUAUUGUCUGUGUAAUGGAAACUCAUGGUUACCUGCUGCUAAAACCUGUUUUCAGGCAGUGAACUGCAAGCGACGUAGUAAUAACUGAAUUGCCAAAAGGUUUAUUAUGAUACUGUUAUUUUUAUUUAAUUUAUUACCGUUGUAUGUUCUCCCUAGAGUUCUUGGCUUGUGUGUACGUUUCCCAAGUAUUUGUCCUGUAUAUAUAAAUUUCUAGUUUGAAAAGAGGGAGUUAUUUUCACAGGUUUGUAAGAAAACAUCUUGGUUUAAAUAUAGUCAUUAAAAGAACUGUUUCUUUUAUAAGAGGAACUUUUAAGUUUGUUUUGUUUAUUAAAAAAAAAAAAAAAAAAAAAGGAAAGAAUGGGCCAGGAUCAGGGGUUGAACUGAAUCAGCUAUAGCAGUAGAGUCCUUGUAAGGAACUGUCUAGGAUAAGACCUUGUGUGCACACAAGUGUGUGGUUUUAAUUAGUGGAAAUAUCUGAGGCUUCCUGCUUACCCAAGUUUACAUUCCCAGUAUUUGUUUCUGAACUGUGAAAUGCAGAGAGACAAGCUAUGCUUUCAUCAGAAGUAAUGUUAACUGGUGUAGCUGCCCUCAUGUCCAUUUCUCAGGUAAAAUUAGAAAUAGAGCACAAAUAUAUUUGGUAGGCUGCAGACAAUCUCUCAGUUGAAGGGCAGAUGGGUUAACUAUUUAUGCAAAAUAUGCAUAUUACCAUCUCUUAGCUAAUCACUUGCAUCAUAUUGGAUGUUCCUAGUGAAGAUUGCAAGGCUGAAGUGAGAGUCCAAGGUAUGGCCUCUUCUAUUAGCAAGAAGAUGCAGACAUACCUCCAUUUAUCUUUCAUAAUUCAGUUCUUGAGAAGUACAUUUUUAGUUUUGUUAAUGACAGGUGGUUUUGCUAGAGGCACUUCUGCCAAAUAUAAAGUCAGUGCCUCUUGCAUGGAGUGGGAUCAGCCUGAUAAAUCCCUUUGAGAAUAACUUACAGUGCCAUCCUGCUUGUAUAAUUUAAGAGUCAAACCCUGCAGAAGUGUAAAUAGAGAUAACAUUCAAGUUCUAAAUAGCACUUGUGUUUUGAACUCAGAAACAGUCAUUGAAUAUAUGAUGCAAGCUUUUUCUUCAUUUUUUCCUUAGUAUAUAGUUAAAGGAAAAAUGUCUUAAUAUUAUUAAGUUUUGUAGGCAAAGCAUAAAUGUUACUGUAAAUGUGCUAAAUGUGGCAAACUUUUACAUUCUCAUUCUAGUUGGUUUUUACAAUAAAACUAAUUUUACAAAAAACACUUUUCUAUUUUUAUGUACUGACAUAUGCAAUAAAUUGAUACAAUAAAAGUGCUGUUAAUGUCUUGC